GCCAAAUCCUCAAUCAUAUUAUUCCCUCAUCAUUCCUUUUGCUUAGACUUUGUCAGAGAAAGUGACAGAGACACAAAGACAAAAACAUGGGUCACAGAGAGAGCACCAAGUAUGAUCUUCAUUCAAAUGGGUUUAUAAUCAUUUUGAUGCUAGUGUACUUAAACACCUUGGUGGAUGCUUCGAUCCAUGAAUACCAAGAUGACACCUUUAUACGUCGUUCCAAUUCAUUCUUCUUCCAUGGCGGAAGUGAGGGUCUCUAUGCUUCCAAAAUUCACUCUGGUAAUGACAAACUCGCUUCUGAAGACAAGACCAUUGAUGGCAAGUCCUUUAUCAGGUUUGAAUCUAUCACCUUUCGAAGGACCAAGGAGUCUGCUGAAAAGAAGAAUGAGAUGCAGCAGAGAACUGGCUUGGUUGAGGCUAUAGUACUUGAGGUUAGAGACAGGGAGAAGAUUGGGGGUUCUUAUUUGAACUCUGAGGCAAUAUGCUGUACCCCGGAGCUCUCCAAGGAUGGUUCGUGCAAGGUGGGAGAGGUUAUCAUCCAGCAAAAACCCGACAACCCUGAUGGGCCAAAAAGGAUGCAGACCUUCUUUGAGGGGAAAAAUGAAGAGACCAACAUGGAACUUCAGACUAUUCAGAUCAACAGAACUGGAAUGUACUAUCUUUAUUUCAUGUUUUGUGAUCCAGAACUUGUUGGCACAUCAAUUAGUGGAAGAACUGUUUGGAGGAACCCGGAUGGUUAUUUACCUGGAAAGAUGUCGCCGCUGAUGACAUUUUUCGGCCUCAUGUCUUUAGCUUACCUUGUCCUUGGUCUUUUCUGGUUUCUCCGCUUUGUGCAGUAUUGGAAAGAUAUAAUACAGUUGCACUACCACAUCAGUGCUGUUAUUGGUCUUGGAAUGUGUGAGAUGGCUCUAUGGUAUUUUGAAUAUGCAAAUUUCAAUUCAACCGGAACCAGACCAAUGGGAAUUACCAUGUGGGCAGUAACCUUCAGUGCAGUCAAAAAAACUGUUUCCCGGCUUCUUCUUCUGGUGGUUUCAAUGGGGUAUGGUGUUGUGCGGCCAACCCUUGGUGGCAUUACCACGAAAGUAGUACUCCUUGGUGUGAUAUACUUUGUAGCAUCAGAAGCACUUGAGCUUGUUGAACAUUUGGGAAAUAUCAAUGACUUUUCUGGAAAAACAAGGCUCUUUCUGGUGCUACCGGUUGCUCUAUUGGAUGCCUGUUUUAUUCUUUGGAUCUUUUCAUCACUAUCUAAAACUUUGGAGAAGCUUCAGAUUCGAAGAAGCAUGGCCAAACUUGAGCUCUACCGGAAGUUUACCAAUUCCCUUGCAGUAUCAGUAUUGCUGUCUGUCGCUUGGAUUGGUUAUGAGUUGUAUUUUAAUGCGAGUGACCCGUUGAGUGAAUUGUGGCGAAGAGCCUGGAUCAUCCCAGCUUUCUGGGUUUUGCUUGCAUACUUUCUGUUGGUAGUUAUAUGUGUUCUCUGGGCUCCAUCUCACAACCCAACCGGAUAUGCAUACUCCGAGGAGACUGUGGAUGACUUUGAUGAGGAGGGUAUCUCGCUCACUAGUGGAAGCGGAGUUAAGGUGGCCGGCAUUGACUUGGCCAGCAAGCUAGAAAGAAAGGAAAGGAAGCUAUCAAGUUCAGCAGAUCACCAUGUGUUUCUUGGGGAAGGUGAGGAGGACAAGAGAGAGUAGUCACCCUCUUCUUUUCUAACUUCAUACCAUUCGAGUCUCCCUGGAUAUAUCAACGAUCAUCUUAGGAAUUUGGCCUCACUAUUUUGUCACACCUCUUGUAGAAAGGUCUAGAGAAACAAAACGGAUGAAAAAAAGAGAGAGCUUAUGUCUCUGCAAUAGAGAAAGCUUAAUGAAUUAAACCUAGGAUUGUAAGGGUUCUUUUCAAAGUAGCAAAGAGUUCAGAUCCUCACAUGAAGCACUUCAUCUGUGUUCUUGCAUAUAGCUAAGGUUAAGCACAAGUCUUAAUGAUGUGUUAGCCUUAUAAAUUGGGAUAGAAAUGACCUGAUCAUGAUGCCAGAUCUAAUUGGCUUAGUUGGUGGCAAUAAUCAGGUACCUACUUUUUCCCCCUUUGUUGGUGGGUUUGUUGUUUGCUUGGCAGAUAGUCAAGCUCAGUUGCUUUCCUUGUUUGCAGGUAAAAAGUAAAAUGAAGAGUGUGGAUCACUAAAACAAAAGUUACAUAACCAAGAAAGAGAGUGCAACCAAAGCAAGAGAAAGAUGGCCUAAAACAAGAUUCCACUACUAAAACAAAAGCUGAACUGUUGUUAUCAAAAGUGAAGUUGGAAUAUACAUAGCGGAACGGUACUCUUUUUUUCCUCUACACAGUACCAAAAGUUUCUAACGAUAUCACAUUAAUCUUCUAAUCUUUGUACGAAUUUCUCUUAUUUAAGAGAUGCUC